AUGUCCGGUCAGCGAUGGAUCCACUGCGGCCUGUGCUUUAGCUUCGAGGUGCAUAAGCGAACGAAGUUCUAUCACCUCUCCUGUCUCGACGUGCUAUGCCGGAAUUGCAUGGCAAAAACGAACCGUGGCACCACCUGCCCAGUCUGUCAGGCUCCUAUUCGCCACUUCACCGAGUUGGGAGACGACAUGGGCCGACGGGAACGUGCUCUAUACCACGAAGCUCCCGCAGGACUCUUUCAAAUUGCUGGCCAAGCGAUGGCAUUCCAGCAAAAACACCGGCUGAAUCUCAUUCGUGCCAUCAUCCGUGUUCGCGAAUCCAAUCAACGCGCCAGUGAGCUGGAAAUCGCCAUCCAAAAACAGAUCUCCGAAACGAAGCGUCAUUACGAGAACGUGCGCUCUUUCCGGCGGAAUCUGCAGGAAACAAUGCGCAAACACAUGCCCACCAACGUGUCUCAGAUUCCAUUUUCCGAGCGACGGCUUUCCGUCGGAGUUGGCUCGUUGCAGGCCAGUGUUGCCUCGCUUGUUUCACAGCAUCGGUACUCCGUCGAUUCGUUUAAGCUUACGGGGACAACUUCUCACACCAACUCAUCGAACAUUUCACACACCAGCUCAAUGAACGAUUCCGGCUUCGGUGGAUCGGUCAACGGAAGUUUUCCAGGAAGUGCACAAUCCAACGCGAGUAGCUCAAAACGUUGCAUAAACAUCUCAGCGACCCCGGCAGCUAGAGAAAGUGCUCCAAAGCACGACUUAAAUAUUCCAGCGACUCCAGUUUCAAGCAUCCGGACGCGGACUUUCGGCACAGUCCCUCAACGACGUAUGACGAUCUGCGAUACAUCCGCUCGCCAGCCGAUCGCCAAUUUUCCCCAACCUAAUCGAAGAUUUUCCAUCGACACGUUCAACAGACCUAGUCAGAGCUAUACUAACGGCAUCGCAACUACCAAUGCAGAUUUUUUCAACAAAAACUCUACGAACACCAACCCGUUCUGCUUCAACAAACAUCUUUUUGGAAGGAAACAAAUAUAG